AUGAAGGUCAAAAAUGCUCGGGCUGCUGAGCUGAGCGAUUUCGAGGUAUUGCAGGUAUUACGUGAGAUGGGUAAAAGACAACAAAUGGCCGUGUUAAAGAAAAAUAUAGAAUCAACAAAAGUCACUACAAUGAAUUCCAUAAAACCAAACACAGGAACAGAAUCACUUUCAAUCGAAGAAAGAACAAUGCAAUCUUUACCUUCAAAUUUACGAACCAUUCAAUAUGAAGUUUUGGAAUGUUUGCGAAACGUACAAAGGCCAUGUGCACAUCAAUCCUCCGACCAGAUACCUCGAUUCAUGGAUGCCCUGUAUGCAUGGGAACGCGGUAAGCCUGUUGAAGGUGUACCAGGAUUGAACGAAGGAGGAGAAGAUGGUGGAAUAAUAACGAUCAUCGAGAGGGAAAAGAGACUCACCAAAGGAGAAAGACUGAUGUUGAUCAAUCAUGCUCCUACGACAGAGAUUGAGCUGUACCCGCUCGUGGAAGAAAUCGAAGAUCGAUUCACAGCAGAUCAAAGACUGGAUAUUCUUACUAUCAUUUCAGCUCAUCUUCCACUUGAUCAAGAAGCUAUACAAGCUUAUCAAGAUCGAAAUACUACCAUGCCCGCAAAUGCAGAAAUGAACGAUCAGCAAGACGUAGUCUUUGAUGAACAGGACGGCGAAGAAGUCUAUGUUGGCCCUGAAGAUGAAUACGAACAACAGGGAAUAGCUGACCCUGAUGACGAUAUGGACAUGCUGCAGAAUGAGGCAGCAGGUGGAGCAGCAGUCGAUGACGAUGGUCCAGAUGAAUAA